AGUGCUUCGAAGUUUUCUCGACGAAAGUCGUCGUUUCCACCAACGUCUGCGAAACAUCGAUCACGAUUCCCGACGUCACAUGCGUCAUUGAUACCUGCAGGGAGCGACGCCUGGGCCUUCGGAACGCAGGAGGUGCAGGGAAUAUGGUUGGAGGUGAUGUGUCGGAAUUCGCGCCACCGUCCAGGAGCAACGCUGAUGCGCCGGGAUGCCAACAGUCUACCGGUGACGGAGCAAGAGGACAUCUUGGCGCGCAGGAAAUGUCGACAUUGCGGCUAACGGAAUUGCAGGAGCAGCUAUGCUCCAAAGCGAGUAUAGAGCAACGAAAGGGACGUGCAGGACGUGUUCAGCCUGGUAUUUGCAUCCGCAUGGUCUCUAGGAAGUGUGCAGAAAAACAGCUUCUAGAUAAUGUACCAGCCGAGAUGGACAUACUGCCACUCGAGAACAUGCUUCUGCAAGUACUGGUUGCGCUGCAGCCGGGCAGUCGGAGUCGAGUUUUGCUAGUUGGAGAAAGUGACGAUGGUCAAGUCGAUGCAGAAUCACAACAACUCUCGUCGCCAGAUUUAGAGCCAUUGCUUCGAGACUGUUUACGCUGCGCAGCCUCGCCACCUGCAGAGGAUGCCAUCCGUGCAGGCCUACGAGAGCUAACAGCGCUGGGGGCGAUUGAAAGCGUGAAAGUGGAUGAUCAUGCGACUGCCACUACAUCAAAUAGAAGGGCGAUCCGCGUGACUGGGCUGGGUCGGCAUCUCGCGCGGCUGUCGUGUGACGUUCGCAUCGGAAAGCUACUAAUCUAUGGGGCCAUUCUCGGUUGUCCACGGGAAGCUGCUUCGCUUGCGGCGAUGCUGUCCGUUCGAAAUCCUUUACUGAGGCCGCGACCCGGCAGCGAUUCCGAGUCGUGGGAGCGAUUGCGGCAAAAAUUUCGUCGCGCAGUCCUAAGGCCUGGGGGCGCGCGCUCCGACCACUGCAUGCUUGCGGCGUUGCUCGACAUAUACAACGAUUGGGAGUCGCCACUGUGCACACUGGCAAGUGCGGCUGGCUUCGUACUCGUGAACGAUUUGCGACAAGAAAAAAGUUGGUUGAACCGACUUGGAGUCAGUCUCGAGUCCCUGAAGGAAGCUGCCAAAUUGCAGCAGCAGCACCUUUCCAGUUUGCGCUCUUUAGGCUUUUCAGUCAGGUCCAACGUGUCGUGGACGACCACGACAACUACUGGCAGUAACAAGUACACUAUCGCUACAUUCGGUUCCGGAACAACAACUGGCACCAGUAGUAUUACAACAACAACUACAGCUUGGUACAUGCUGCGUGCUGCCUGCGUAGCCGCGUUCUUUCUAGUGAAAGCGAAGAAACCCCAAGCGACGUACAAAAAGCUUGCUGGCGGUGGUACCAUACAGGAGCCCUUGAACCCCGCUGGAGUGAAGUAUUUCCCGCUGCAGCGCGACCCGUUCUUGUUCAAGGAUAAGAUUGUCGACCCAAAGAACCCCUUUGGGACCAAAGACGAGACCAAACACGCCAACACUCGUUUUUUUCUCAACGGCAAUUGUACCUUUUUUUCCGAAGCUCCCAACGGCAACUACAUGGUGCACACCGACGUCUUCGGUUCCCGGGAUAAGCUUUUCCUCGAGCACGUGUCUGAAGCUGCGCCUCUCGCAGUUUUGCUACUGGGAAACUUCGAGACUAUGGAUUUCCUCGACAACGGGGUCGUUGUCAUCGACAACGGCAAGCUUGUGUACACAACAACUGGCGUAUACUCCAUAGAAGAUGCGUAUACCAGCUACAACAACAAGGGACCUGGCGAGAAUAGUUCAUCAUCUAGGUGGACAACCGGAGGUGCUGGUGCAGGUUCAUCGUCGAAAAACGCUGCAGGAGCUAGCAUGAACACCUUCAUUAGUCAAUUGGUGGAGAUGCUACGUGAGGAGAUCCAGGAAAACGUGCUCAGACGAAAAAUCGAAGAUCCUUCUUGGGACGUCAGCAACAACGCAGUCGUGCAGGUAGUGAAAACUUUGCUAGGCACGGACGGGAUGGGAUGUUAGACUGCGCUUCACCAUUAGAUCAAUCUUUUCUUCGCAGUUAUUGUUACCUCGGGACCUUCUACUCCUUUCUCUUCCACAUCUACGCAUACCGAUACUUUCUUCGCUUUUCUCUGUUCUCCAACUCGUGAUUCAUUGCGUUUGAUGUUCCUAGAACCUGUACCUGAAUCUUCAGUUAUCCGUAUCCCCAUUAGAAGCUUCAAACUUCAAGGUGCGCCUUGCCCGUAUGAAAAUCCAAAUAUGCAUGAGGCAGACACACACCUCAUUCUCCGCG